AACAAGGAAGUUUAUAAUCAGCGGAUCUAUAUUUAUGGAGGCUACCUCGCUGAUGAUCAUAGGAGUAACACCCUACAUUCUACUCUACCGAAUCAGUGGAUAGUGGUGUCAGCUCUGGUGAUCCUAGGCUGUGCCAUAGCUCAAUUGAUAUCCCUGCCUAUUGUGAACUACUGCCCAAGGCACACUCACUCCACCCAACCACGGAGGAAGAAAAGAUGCUCUCACUUGUACUGUCUCAGGGAUAGCAAGUUUCCUCCAUGUCACUGGGGGAGUUUCUUGGUGCUUUAAUAGGGAGGCCUCGCUCACCCACCUAACAGACUUCCCCACUGCAGUUCUGAUGCUUGGUGAAACUGUUGCUGCCAAUGCUAUUCUUGUUCUUGGAGUGUCCCUGAUUGAUUUUAUUGCAGAAUACAUGUCACCCACCCAGACAACAUAAGAGAAGGAUAAUGUGUUUGCUAUUGAGAAAGUUGUUUUUUGUAAUUUGUGUUGCUGGUGAGCCUGCAGAGAGUCAUGUGAUCUUAAUUUAGUGUGAAUAUCACUAAUACAACCUUUUGCUGUGUGCCCAAAU